CUCGGGAUUCACUAUACCAAUUUCACUCCCCUCUUUUUCAUCCGGGGCAAAGUGAAGACUCGCGGCCUGCUAAUUCUGUUCUACUUAAAGCACUCACACCGCAGGGACCUGCUCUAAUGUCAAGCCACGAGAACAAGGCAAGCACGACCAGUAACGAGUUCGCCAAGUAUGUCUUGAUAUUUGUACACGACUAGUAGGGGAAUCAUCCGUUGAAGAUCAAGGUAAUAUAUCAAACGAGGCAUCAAAAGGGGGCAACAGAGAAAGGCAGAGGAAAAGAAGCAUCGGCCGUGGUAGCCUCAGACUAUCACAGCCUCGCAUGUCAGACCACUCUCCAAUGCAAAUUCAGAAAGAGUGGCGCCCCAUGUAGUCUCAUAAUCGCAUCAACAACAGAAAGAUCCCAGGUCACAUUCAGGCACUACCCCAGUGGCUCCAACAGUCAAUCGAAAUGUUCCGUGAAAAACCACGGGAUGAAGUCCGUCGUGGAAUUCUCCAGUCGAGAACUCUCCAUAUCGAAACGAAUGGCCAGAGAGAAACGACUUUCGGACUAACUGCACUGAACUUCAAGUGUGUUGGGACAAUCCGCGACACGGAACCAAGACAUGCGUGCAUCAUCCACCACCAAGGGAUGUAAGCUCUGUCGCCGCGCCACCUGACCUCGGGGUUUUAUUUUACCAGCGAUGGGCUUCAAUCUAAUACCAACCAAGGCCCGAAGCAAGACGCAAAAGAACGGAUCCGGAUCAAAGCGGUGGACUCAGGGACAGGAGAAGAAAGAACACAGUACACCAAAGUUGCCAAUGACAUUGAGUUGCCUGUCGACAGAGACUUUGACGACAAGACAUAUAAAAAGGCUGCCGCCAGCUGUGAGAACCACGACCUUUGGAAAUAAGAAACCGGGUCAUGCAGCAUCGACAGUGGGACGAACGUAACAAUUCAUAAGUUCGAGAAUCGUGCACCAUCCCGAGAAAUGAAAAAAAA